AGCGAUCGUGUGGUGAAUGUCAUCAAACAAGUACUUCGGUUCACGUUUUGGUCGUUUGUCUUUGAAUUGAUGUUACAUUUGGUGUUUUCGACUUCCAUUCAAUUCUAUCCCGAAUUGACACAAAUGUUGAGCAUAUGGUCGUUGUGUGGGUUAGGGUUCGCACUGCCCCUCAUGUUCUUCGUUAAGUACUUCAUAAUCUACGGCUCAGUGGCCACUAUAGCGGCCAUCGAUGGCUUCGAAAUGCCGGCGCCGCCCAAAUGUAUUAGUCGUAUCCAUUCGUGUGUCUAUUUGUGGCGGACUUUCGAUCGAGGAUUACAUUUAUGGCUCACUAAUUAUUUUUAUAAACCCAUAAUCGGUUCGCAAUGGAAUCCAAUGCGAAAAGUUUUUGCCGGUUUUGUCUGUUUCUUAUGCAUUGCUUUAUGGCAUGGCAUGGAUCGGGCGGUCGUUAUUUGGACGUCGCUUAACUUCUUCGGUGUUUCGGCAGAAAUAAUCGCCAAAUCUGUUCAGUCGUCAAACGUGUGGAUCACUUCCGUUCAAUGCAAACUCUCGGACACAGCGAACGAGCGAUUGAAUGCAUUGAUCGCCAGUCCGUUCUUCGCCAUCGCCUAUGUGUCCAAUAUAUUCUUUCUGUCCAAUUGGGAGGUCGGCUACCAAUUUGUCCAACAGAUCCUCUUCACGUUCCCGACACCACUAUUGCCCACACUUUUGAUACUUUAUUUCGGAUCGAAACCAAAACAAACAGUGAGUGUUGGCUCGGGUUGGGUAGUGUUUGUCGGGGGUGCAAAAGGAAGGCAACCCAACACCUAUGGGGCCAAUACAUGGAAGUGUCUUAAAGGCGGACUCGAGGCCUAA